AUGAUAAAUUUAUCUGACAGAGAAAAAGAGUUGAUUGAAGAAAUAUGUGCAAAAAAUGCUAAGUCAAAUAAAAAGAGUAAUAAAAUAGAAUAGGGAAAUCAAAAAUUAGUCAGUCAAUCAAGUACUAAAAUUUUAGUGUCUCGAUUGGAACGUAAAUUAAAUGAAGUAUUUCAUAUUGCAAAUAUAGACAUUAAAAGAAGUCGAUGAAUAAAAUAGUGGUCAAAUUAAUUUCUAACAAUUAGGACGAUUAUUUACAUUGUUAGACAUAUUCCAAGCUAUCUCGUACAAUCAAGAUUAUCAGUUAGAGGCACAAGGUCUCAACAAUCCUAUGCAAAAGUAACACCAAAUCUUUAAGGUAGACAAUAAGAAGUAGAUUUACAUGAGAAAGCAUUUGCAAUUAUUUCUAACGAUGAAGAAAAGGCUGAUAUACAAGCAGCAUUUUGUCUUUUUAGAAUCAUCUUGGAUCCCAAUUAAUUAGAACCAUCUAAAUGUGCUAUUUUAAUUAAAGAAUAUUUAGAGAAGAUUUCUGAGAAAGAAAUUGAUUAUGAAGCUAUCUUUAAAUUUUGCUCUGAAUUUUAAGUAUAUCAAAAAACUAGAUUAUCUGGUGCUAAAAUAGGAUAUUUAAAAGCAUCUUUAGCAUAAAAUCUAAUUGAAACUUAUGAAAAGACUUUGACUUUUAAACCAACAAUCAAUCCUAUUAGUGAAGCUUUGUAAUAAUAAUAAUCAGGCAAAAAGGAAAAUUAAGAAUCAUCAUCAUAAAUUUCAUAAGGACUUGCUGAAAGUAGAAUAAAUGAAUUAUAUAAAAAAAAAGAAUUAUCCAAUCAAAAGAUAGAAUUUUUAAAAUAAGAAAAAUUUAUGAAAGAUAUGUAGUAAUGUACAUUUAAACCAUAAAUUAUCUCAAAAAAAGAAUUACCAAAUGUGAUCGAUAGGUUAUAUUAAGUGAAGAAUAGAUAGGAAAUAGAAGAAAGAGCUAAAUUGGCUGAACAAGAGAAAGAAGAAUCAGAAUAUAGUAAAUGUUCUUUUCAUCCUCAAAUUAAUUAUUCUAUGCCUGAAUCACAAUAAACUGGAGUAGGGGGAUAUUGGGAAGCAAUAGAAAGAAUUAGAAGAGCUAAUGAUAAAAGACAUUUAUAAGAUCUAAAAUUAAAUCAUAAACCUAGUGGAGAGAACUAUGAGAAAGUUAAGAAUCAACCAUUCUCACCUCCAGAAAUGUUAUAGAGAAGAUAAUUUAAAAAAUAAUUACCAAUCCUUUAUAUUGAUAUAAAAUUGGGACCUAGAAAGGUUGGACGAUUAGCAUUGAGAAGAAAUGAUAAUGUUGAGGAAGUAGUUUAAUCAUUCUGUAAAGUUUGGGGAGUUGGUCCAUAAGAUUAUGAAUUAUUGGUCAAUCAAGUUAAGGAAAAUCUUCAGAAGUAAAUAUUUAUUAAAUUAUUAUAGUGUUAUACAAGAAACAGAUGAGUCCCAAAUUUGA